UAUGCGUAUGCAAAUACGCAUAUUAAACUGAGAAAUUAAAUUAAAUUAUCCGUAAUGAUUUGAAAAGUAAAUAAGUCGCAAUAAUUAUGGCGUGUAGCGGAAUAAGGUUGAUGAGUUACGACUACAAAGCCAUACAAUUAAGCGACUCGCGGGGCCUCGUGUUAGCUCUACGCUUAAUAACGCUCAUGAUCUUAGUAGCGCUGCUGACCUUGCACCUUCGAUCAGUGAAAGUGUUUCGGUGGGAAUAUUCGGUGACCGGGGGUUUGUUAGUGGCCUAUUGUAUCGCAGUAGCGGGGCUGGCGUUAUGUGCUGGAAUACAAAACUGUGGUGGUACAGCCUUACAGGUCUACCUAUGUGCCACCGGUGGGACGAUGCUAGCGGUCAAUGCUGCAGCUAUCUGGAGGAGGUGGCAGAAAGCCGGGGAGCUCACUCGCAUUGUAGCCGAUCUUUUGGCAGCACUCGGCGUGAUGCUCAAGCGCCAGCUCACUGCUAAGGUUUUCUUGAGCGUCGUAGCAUCUGUGGUACUUCUACUAGAUCUAUUUCUUACGGCGAUUCUUAAAUUUAUCACAACGCAUAGGUAACUGAGCUGGUUUAC